AUGACCUCUGCCGACGCGGGCGUUGAAGUCGCCAAGGACAAUAAACUUAUCCGCGUUCGGCAUAGACGACAGGAGGGCGCGCAGGUCCACGUAGAAUAUGUCCCUUGCGGCGUCAGGGCUGGUCGUCGGCGGAGCGUACACGCGGAUGAUGGUGAAGAAUUUGCCCCCACUCCGGAGAGGCAGACGGAGGCUCAUCAGGCGAUCAUUUAUGCCCUGCGGCAGACGGGGCAGCCGUCCCCCGAUGUCGUUCCGGAUGGCGAGGGCGACACCCGCGUCUCGUCGCUCCGCCCUGGGGCGACCGCUUCAGAAGGUGUGGCCGGCCCCCACCUCCUCCAGUUGAUCUUGUUCGGAUAAGCGGGUCUGGCUGAGUGCAGCGAUGUCCACGCUGUAGCGCGCCAGUUCCUGAGCCACUAGCGCCAUCCUCCGUUCCGGUCGGUUGCUCCUCGGAUUUUCUAAAAUGAAACGAACAUUCCAGGCUGCUAGAGUGAGGGGGCUCGCCCUACCAGUGGGGUGGCGGGAAGAAGGAGGAUAAGAAGGAGAAGAAGAAACAGGUGUGGAGGAAGAAUAAGAAAACUAAGGAAGAGAACGAGUGUUGUUGUUGUUUUUUGUUGGAUGUUUCGACCGUGAGUUUAACGUCUGCGACCACGGUCAGCCUGCAGACGGCGUGGUUCCCCAGCAUUUGUUUAGAACACCUCUUCUGGCCGAUUCCUCUCACGGGUGUGAGUAGUCUCACCCUAAAUAGGACCGCUCAGUUAUGCCAGGUGCUGUCGAACUCCAAUAUGAGCCACGUCUUUUAUGAAAUCAAGGAACGACCCGAGUUAGCCUGGAGAGCCUAUCACAUUGCCGUAAGCUUGUGCCCUCCUGCGGUGUACCUGACGGAGCCUCGUCUCGACGAUGCCAAUGCAAAGAUCCAUUCGGCCGGCAUAGCCGGGAUUACCGUGUGCGGAUGUGCACACUCGGAUACCCUCACCUGGUUUAGCCCACCAGUCGAGAUGGUUACCGGGAUAUGGCUGCUAGGCAGAGCCUAGUUUCGGAGAGCCAUAGGUGAGAAUUGGGUGACAGCAAAUGGACGCUAGGCGUAGUCUGCAGCUACAAGCAAGUGAGCGACCUACUACGACCUCCCUCGUCUGCCGCAAAGAUUGUGGUGGCCUAAAAACCAAAGUGUUCAGGAAAGCGACAAAUACGACGCAAAUACUGAACUUCAUCAGCAACCACCCGACCGGUCACAAACGCAGUUGCGUAAGGACGCUAUACCGGCGCGUAGAGGCGCACUGCAGUGAAAUGGAAGACAAAGGUGAUGAAUUAAAAUAUCUUCGACGGGUACUGAGAGCCAAUUGCUGCCCGAUCAACUUUUUCAACCAAUGCAUACGAAGACGACACCAGAGACCAUGUCCAACCGGUCCCAAAUUUUGGCGGGCUCUUCUGUGCGUGAAGAACGUCUCGGACGCCGUCCAUCGUCUUCUUACUCCAAUUGGAGUUAGGGUGGCACACCGGCCAGAAGCAACCAUUAGGAGCCAAGUCAUGAGGCCGAAAGACCCACUGCCACGGCGGGAAACGUCAGGAGUCAUUUACCAGAUCUGGGGCAAUUGCGGACAAAGCAACUACGUCGGAGAAACUGGGAGAUUACUCCGGAUGCGAAUAGCCGAGUACACAGCAGCAGUUAGGUGGGGAGACGUUAGCUCUCAGGUGGCGGCUCCGUUGACGGGAUCCGGCCAUAGUUUCAAGUUUCAAGAGGCCGAAAUCCUCGCAAGGGGUGACAACCGCGUGAGCCGCGGGUUGCUCGAGUAAUGGUUCUCAGGCCCGUAAUCCAACAACAAGCGCAAUGACCUCCCGUUACCAUAGUCCGUGCUGUGACUACCCCUGGGCAGGGGAAUCAGUCACGUGAGUGGGGGGAGGGCGGACAAUUAUUCCAAUGGCAGUCUGCCAAUUUGCCGGCCAAAAGUCACACCAGCAUCUAACACGGAUGACGAAAUCACGGUAAUUAAUGACUCGGACGCGGGCUGACAAGUCACCCUCACUUGAAUCACAUAGAUGUCCUAAAAUUUCUUAUCAUUGUAACCAUUUCUACAACCUAAGACCAAACUCUUAAUUAUAAAUUUUGAAACGGACACAACUUUCAAUAAAAUGCACAGAAACAAGGUACACAGGCAUGCAACAGAACCUAAGAAGUUGUCUUUCAGAUGACGGAAGUCCCCCAGGCAGCUCAGAAAAGUCUCAUUCCAGAGUCAACCCUGUGGUGCUUCCGAAGCUUCUUGAGAUAGUGUUGUAUGCAAAUGAGCACUUCAGACUCAUUUAGGUAAUUCCUUCUAAUCAAACCCAUAUUUCAAAACUUCAGUCAAAGUUUCAUGAGUUUUAUCACCUAACUUGGAAUUAUAUAUAUUUUUUACCUUCUUCACUGGUUUCUGAAAUUACUGGAGGCGUCGUCCAAUAUUAGUGGAGUUCCGCUCAUAGCUGUUUGGCGCAGCAUCUGUCGCAGAUCAAGCAAUCGACCCACAAAAACUGGGCCUGUGCGGUACACUGGUGCAACGUGUGGACUACGCAAUGCCUAUAAGUCGGACGCACAUGCAUAAAGCUGAGUAACAAUAGUCACUGGAGAGCACACUAUCAGCCAUCGUGAUUGCGUAAUCACUUCAGUUGCCGUGGUGAUGAGCGCAGAAGACUAGUGUGAUAAUAUGGCGAUCUCUGAAAGCGGACAAAGCUCAUGGCAUUUAACAAUCCCACUCAGGCAAAGUUCUCAUCUCAACAACUCCUAGUGGCUUAAAAUACCGAGCCGGCAAUGGACAUAAAAGUAAAGUUUAUACUAUACGAUCAUACAAUAGCGACCACCAUGAAAGGGGUGUAGGAAUUUGUUGAUGGUGAGGCAUAUUUGCCAAGCAUCUAUGUGGCUCCAUCUUUCCACCGUUUUCCGACGGGGAGACAGAGUCAAGAUAAGUGGGGGUGAGUGUGAGCUUAGUGGCAGGAAAUUUCAGACCGGUCUUUUGUGCUUUCACACAAGACCUGCUUCCAACUACCCAUGUACCAGGCUGCGCCAAAGGACAUGCGUACGUGAGAUCAACGUAUUCUCACUUGCGGUAUUUCAUUUGUCAUGAUGGCGCUGACAUCUUUUGUCGAAUAGGUUUUAUAUGAGUGUUUUGUGGCCUGCUAUUCAUAGCGGUCGAAGCUCGCAAGUAUAGUGGCCCAAAAUUCAUGGAAAAGUUACCUUGUGAAACCUUGUGAUGUGGCUACAAGGACCCAUUCUCCAAGACUUUAGAGAUGCCACCAUCAUGCUCAUGCAAAACGCAAGGGGAAUUUGCAACGUCGUGAAAAUUAUGGAAAAUUCGUCAGGGUUUUACUCAAUCUAAUGGAUACGCAUACAGAGCAAGGAAUUCUUCCAGGAAAGCAGCACGCACCCCGAAAACACCGCGAAACCAAGGACAUUGUCUUUGCUGUCCACGACAGGAUGAGGAACCGCAUCACAGAAAAUGACGAAAGGCCAGAGGCAUUCGGGAGGAAAUUGAGGCGAAGCAGGACUACGUAGACGCUCCCCUUUCAUUUAGACUCGGACUCUCGCCCGUACUGUUGGACGUCUAACGUGAGGAGCGGCUGCGAAUCAACAUCAAUUAUCUCCCGACAUCCGUUGUAUGACAGCAUCUUUGAGAGUAAUCAGGCCAGGGUCCACGACCUAUUAAUAGCAGAUCACUGUGUGCUUGUUUCGUCUAAUGUCAGCAGUCUGAGAGCUGUGAGGAAUAGUUUAUUCUGUACACAGGGCAGGUUGCCCUAAGUUGGCUGUUUGCUUACAACAGAGAGAAGCGUCCGUUCACGGAGAGCGUCAGUCGCGGUGUGUCGUUUACGCGGGGAUGAACGUCUGUGUCAGUAGGUGGGGGUGACUGGUUGAGUGCUGGUCAUGAGAUUGGACGUAUUAGGGGGACUCAUAACCAGGGGGGCUCACGGGUAUCAAGCCAGGUCAUCCGACGCGCGUGCGGUGAUACUAGUUUGUUAGGGCAGCCGGGCAGCUGGACAGGAGGGGCCCCAGUUCUAGGAGGCGAGGGUGGUCAUGUGUCAGCGGCCUGGCAACGAUUGUCGCGGCCAUCGACCGACAAAACGCAGCCGGAGAAAAGGGGGACUGGAGCGGCCGCUACAUGCGAAACAUUAAAACGGGUGUGCACAAACUCGCGUAUCUUGGGUGUACAACUGCACGAAACACCACGAUUGACAACGAAGUCGAACUCAUGAUUUCAAAAUAAAGCGACUUCCUUUCUCUUUCUCUCUCUCUUCCUCUCUCUCUCUCUCUCUCUCUCUCUCUCUCUUUUCUCAAGCCAUAAAUCCGAUUUUCGAAACCAGCCAGAGCUUCGGUCGGCUAAAGCAUUCCGCCCAGAUUGGCCGUGGCAUUUACUACAAAACUGAGGAUGCAUGGGGCUGUUGUUCUGACAGCGCUCUUUUGCUCAACGGAAACGCGGACUGUCCAAUCAAGAAGACUCAGCCAACUUCGCCUGAAUUGCCUCUGAGGGAUGCUGAAGAUGAAGUAGCAGGAGAGGAUCCCGAGCACUGA